GGAACUUGGAGCACUGACGAUCGUCCAGGGACUGGCACAAGUUCGCCUGUGCUGCUGUAAGCUGACUAGACUCCGUAUAAAGCCGUAUAAUAUAAUUAUCCGCCUGGGCUCUCGCUCUCGCUCGCCUCGCCUACUAAUUAAAUGUACUCUCCCCUCCUCCAGGCUCGCUUCCUUCCCCGCCUUUUUCCAGACUUGUUCUUUUUCUCUGCUAGCCUUUGCUUUUUCUGCAUCGAUACCCACUCUGCCUCGAGCCAUGAAUCCCUCUUAACCACGCUACAUCCUCUUCUACCUUGCUCUGCACCUUCUCAUUUCCUUGUCUCCUCCGCCGCACUGAUUUCAUAAUCAAUUACUAGCAAUGUUCCACACCUUUGAAGGGUUUGAGAACCCCACCGUCUCGACUCCCGCCCGUGGAGGUCGCGAGCGCCAGCCAUCCGUCGGCCGUAGAGUCACCACUCUGCGUGCUUGUACCUCCUGCCGGCAUCGCAAGAUCAAAUGCGACGGCGAGAAACCCUGCGAAGCAUGUAGGUGGUACAAGAAGGCCGAUCUCUGUCAUUACUCAGAUCCUCGUCCUUCUCGAAGACAUGUCGAGAAAUUGUCAACCACCCUAGACGAGUACCGGGCGAUCCUAGAUAAGCUAUUUCCCGGCGCAACUCCAGACGCUCUUCUGAGUUUACCGCGCGAAAAGCUUCUCGAGCUUACCAGCAACGGCCUCGUUCAGGCCCAGACGCAGGGUCCAAGUACCGCGGCCCGCGCGACAUCUCCUGCCACUUCAGUUUCUCACGAUGCGCACGUCUCGCCGAUAUCUAAUGAGGAUGGGAACCUGGAGCAUUUACAGGCGAUGCCUGAGGAGUCUAACGACCCCCGGAAUUUGAGCCACGAGAUCGCCAACGCCAUAUCCGACGAUGUCAACGCUCUGUCGCUUUCCUCGCUCUCAGCUAGAAAGCCCUCAUCAUAUCUCGGCGUCUCGUCCAUUAACGCUGUUCUCAAAACUAUAGCCUGGCUGGAUCCAGGUUCUGUCGCAUACUUUUCCAGCACGCCACCAAGCGGCCCACGCCGAGGCUCGGUGGCGGACCUCUCGUCGUCAGAGGGUCAAACUUGGCCUGGCCACGACCAGCCAAGCACGCCUCCCCAGGUGCACAUGCAGGUGCCUGAGUCGCAACUGUUAGACGCUUAUUUUACAUACAUCCAACCUCUGACGCCUAUUCUUGACGAGCAAGCCUUUCGCGAGACAUAUGCUUCGGGGCAUCGGAAAGACGACCGGUGGUAUUGCCUGUUGAACAUGGUACUCGCCAUGGGGAGCAUUUGCGCCUCCACGUCUGAUGAUAUAUCCCACAAGAUUUAUUACUCACGAUGUAGGGCUUAUCUGGAUCUGGAAUCCCUAGGAUCGUCCCAUCUGGAAACUGUUCAAACGCUCGGUAUCCUAGGAGGAUGGUACCUGCACUAUAUCGCCCAGCCAAACCUGGCGUACUCUCUCAUGGGCGCCGCGCUUCGCAUGGCAGCCACAAUGGGCCUACAUAGAGAGUUCGCCGAUCAGUCGGAAGCGUCUAAUAAACAGAAACUGGCAACAUUGGACUUGAAACGCAAAGUGUGGUGGACAUUAUUUCUUAUGGAUUGCUGGGGUGGCGCGACUUUGGGGCGACCUACGAUGGGUCGAUUCAGCCCCUCAGUCACAGUCAAGCUUCCCCACAAUCGCGAGUCAGGAAAUGUACUCGAUAUUCUACCCCUCCUCGAGAAUGUCCGGUUCUGCAAGAUCAGCAACCAAAUUCAAGACGCGCUUGCAGUCUCCCCUCUCACGAAAUACAGCGAGAUUGUCCACUUUGAUAACCAGCUUGUGGAGUGGUACAACAGUCUACCAUAUAUUCUGAGAGACCAUGAGCCGUGCCCCUUAUCAAUCUCCAACACCAGAGACGUCAUGAAAUGGCGAUAUAAUGUCCAGCGGAUAAUCCUCUACCGUCCCACCUUGCUGAGCUAUGCCAUGCGGCGGGUUCCGUAUAUCGCUCUGAGGUCAGAAGAGCGGGCAGCCAUUGAACGGUGUCGAGAAAUCGCCGAAGGCUCCAUCAAGGACAUCUCGGCCGCUGCCAAAACCCCGCAAAUGUCCGGCUGGAACGCCGUGUGGUUCCUGUUCCAGACCACCAUGAUUCCACUCCUAGGACUCUUCAUCAACGACAACACGGUAACUGAUCCGAGGGCUAGCACUGAAGCCUGCCAGGCGCAAGUCCAAGACGCUCUACUCGUGUUCGCACGACUCCAAGGCGCAAGCCCAACAGCCCGAAAAACCCUCGACGCAGUCUCCCGAAUCUUCGAAGCCAGUAAACGCGGCCCAGGAGUGAACCUCGAAACAAACAACAUCAACCCAGCAACUACAGUCGGCGAAUCCGGCCUCCAACCUAUAACCCCCGGCGUCCUCCCGUCACAAGCAGACAAUGGCCGAAACUACAUCGUCACGAAUGACAACGGGUUCACAGACCCUUUCGCUCCGUCCACGGUGGAUGACCCCAACGGACAAUAUCUUUGGGACUUCCUCAGCUGGAGCGACACGAGCCUAGUCCCGAUGGCAGAUAUCGAUAGCAUCAAUGACGCGAGUCUGCUUGGUGCGGAUGAUAAGCACAUGAAGUAUGCAAAUAGCGGCUUCUUCGGGAACCAGUUGGCUGAGCCGCCGUUUUUCUCGAAUCCGUCCAUUGCCUAUUACUCAUAAUCGAUCUCGAUCGUGGAAUUCUACCUGACUGGCUGUUUUGGUUGUUUGAUGAGCAUUUAGCCAUUCAUGUAUCUGUUUUCGUGAUGACCCUGUAUACCUUCGCUAUGUUAUAUUCUCCGCUUCACUUAUACCCAAGCCUUAUUCUUGUUUUAGUUGCAUAUAUUCUGCGCAUACAUCACUUUCUUACAUUACUAGCUGGAGGCCGCAACUUGGUUACUUCGAGUGUCGGUUAAAACAUAUUUUCCCCUAUACUUAUGGUAGUCUUCCUCUUCGGCAGAGCUUUAGUGUCUGAGACGACACUGCCGCAUCUACAUCCCUACAUGCUCACUACCUUCCAAGAAAAGAAGUAUCCAACUAAUGCGCAUUGACAUUCAAUUCACUCUCAAAUUCAUAAGCACAAUAAAGACGAUAAACGAGAUGGAGUUUGUUGAAGAACUCCCCAAGGAUCCAUCUCCCAUCUCCCAGCAGAAACAACCCACCAUCCACCAUCCACAUUCUGAGAUAAUAGAUCCCUAGAUUCACGCCAAUGAACCUUGGAAUGUCUAGAAGCCCCUCAUCUUCCGGGAUUGCCG